AUGUCCCGCGGUUUAGUAACAAUUGAAGCGUUGCAGCGUCGCGGCAUCCGUCUGCGUGUGAAAACCCGGAUAAUUGCGCCGCCAGCGCCCCGCAAAACAGCCCGCGCCCUGCAAAACAGCCCGCGCCCUAACAAGGCAAGUUUCCCCGUACCCCGUGCCCAUUCACCCUCCCAAGCCGCGCCUUGCCCCAUGCGGAAACGCCGCUGCGGGGAACCAACAUGGGCUCCUCGUCAUGCCUCGCGACAGCACCGGGCCCUUGCCAUCCAGGACGACGGCGACGACGACGACGAAGAAGAAGAAGAAUAUUGA